AUGUCGACCGCCGGGAGUGUCAUCGGCGUCGGCAUCUCCUUCUUGUCUCGCGGCAUCCGUGCGACUCGUCGGCCAACCCGCGUCGCGCCGUGUCCGCGCCCUUCGCUGACCCGAUUCAGAUGUUCGUCGCGACGACCCCUCACCGUCGCUUCGGCGACCUCGGCCCCGUCCUCCGACACCUCGACGAACGACGCGUACCUCGAGCUGCUGGCGGACAAGACCAAGAGGGUUCGCGAACUUUUCCACGGCGGCGGUUUCAUUCCCGCGCGAGGCGUCGAGGUGUACGCGUCCCCAAAGACGCGCGGGUACAGAUCCCGGUGCAGGUUCGCCAUCGCGCGCGACGACGGCGGAAGACUGAGGUACGCGCUGUUCGAGAAUGGCGAGGUGGUGAUGCUCGGCGACGACGACGCGGACGAGGAUGGCGACACAGACGUGUUCCCUUGGGCGUCCGAACCCAUCGCGAGGGUCAUGCCGGUUCUGCUCGAGCUCCUCAACGAUGCCGACGGGUCGCCGAACGCGCGCGCGUUGACGACGGGGCUCUCCGCGGUGGGUUUCCUCGCCAGUCGGGGCGGCGAGGUGGUGGUGACGCUGUGGAACAGGAUGACAGACAACGCGGGGGAUACGAACACCGCGGGGGAUGCGAACACCGCUAUAGGGGACGCGGAGUGGAACGACGACGCCAACGGGCUGCUGAGCUCGUUGAGGUCGGUGGGCGUGACGGGGGUGGUGACGCGGCGGCGACGAAAGACGCUCGUCGCGUCGAACGGCGUGAACCACGUGUGGGAGCCGAUGACCGUCCCCGGGGAUAUCCCCGGGGACAUCGAGAUCAUCGCCGCCGUCCCCGGGGAUAUCCCCGGUGAUGUCGGCACGGGGACGACGCGGUCCCAGAGUCGGCACCUGCGGUACAAGCAGGUGGAGGGCGCGUUCUCGAACCCCAACGGCGACGUCGCCGAGGUCACCGCUCGCUGGUUACACGACGCGUGCGAAGACAUCCUGCUGGCACGCAACAAGAAGGGUUUAGGGCUAGGAUCAACUCCGCUCUCGACGCUGCCGUGGCUCCUCGAGCUGUACUGCGGCAACGGCAAUCACGCCGUGUCGCUGUCGCCGAGGUUCGGGCGCGUCACCGCGGUGGAGAUUGAGCCGAGGCUGGUCGCGGCGGCGAAUGAAAAUUUCGCCGUCAACGGCGUCGCCAACGCCACCGUCACCGCGUUGCCCGCGGAAGUAUUCGCCAGGGCCAGGACCGGGACCGGGUCCAGGGGUUUACUCGACGGCGAUGACGUGGACCAGUUGCUGGCUGACGCGUGGCGCGACGGCACGGUGUUGGUGGAUCCGCCGCGGGCGGGUUUAGACGAGGAUACUUUGGCGUUAGUCGCCGGGUUCGGGUCCGUGCUGUACGUCGCGUGCGACUGUGCGAGUUUAGCUCGGGACUUGAAGUCGACGCUGGGUAAGACGCACGAGGUACGGCGAAUGGCGCUGUUCGACCACUUCCCCGGCAGCAGGUUCUGCGAGGUCGUGGUGUGGCUCGAGGCGAAGGCGUAG